UCUAGCGACCUUAAUGAUCACAGAAGAGAUGGUGGUUUUUGUUACCCUUUUGAAGUUUCAGGCACCACUGUAGGCUGUUAACUAACAAGACUCGUAAGUCCUAAGACAGUGGAAAGCACCCUCAAAAGUAGUUAGUUGCCGGCUUAAGACUACUUUACGGCUCAUAAUCUAGGCUCAUCGCCAAGGUCGUCGCCUUGAGAUUCUUUGUGAGAGAGGAAUCCAUCCCAUGGGUUGGUGUGGUUGGUUUAGUUUUACCAAAGAAGAGCAAAUCUAUUAAUACUGAGUUGAUGCAAACUGAAUUAAGGAGGAAUUGCUAUUUUGCAACUAGUACCGCAAAGCUCUGUAACAGAGGCAGGCAGGGGCCCAAAAAUCAGCACAACCAAAUGUAUGCAAGCGCCUUGCGGCCUCUGUGCUUACAGUCGUGUACACACAACUGUAGAGCACCAGGUCACAAAGGCGAGUAAACAGAGAACCAAAAUGGCGCCUGGCGUCCUUGAAAAAGCCUCACUUGGUCGUGUCCCUCCCUGAGGAGGCCCCUCCCUUCCCGCUUCGUUGAGUGACUGGGAGCGGACGCCAAUAGCGUCCCUGGCCCUGCUUGCUUUUGGUUCAACCGCCUAUCAGCACGAGCCAGAGGGCAAGCGGGGCGGGGCGGCACCCUUGCGCGCGCCGCCGGGUACACGGGCGCCGCGUUCUCGCGCGGCUGCGGCACACGGGUUCGGCGGUCUCGGAAGCCAGGAGUUGGGCCCCGCGUGGGCUGGAGCGGCUGCCCUUCAGUUCCACUAGUGAGGACCUGGGGCCCUUCCUGCUGGAUGGGACGCGCUGCCUGUAGACGGAGGACGCAUCUCACUGGGAAUGCGAUGCAAUCCCUGGCGCCCAUCUGAGUCACCUUAGAGUAAUAAUCAACAUUAACUGGAGGCGCUGUGCACAUGUGAUAAACGCCCUGGGAUUUAGUUUUCCAAGUUCCUGUGUCUUCACAGAUGCAGUAAAAUCCUCUGUAUCAGUGAAGGCUGUGGGACACCAGUGUGCUGUGCGCUUAGGGAGCACAGGACCCGCUAAGCUGAGGAGAAGCAGCCAUGGACUGUGUAUGUCUUCACCCGCUAGCCCACUCCUCCACGGAACCCACAGCCUGGAGCCCCAGCUCUUCUGACCACCUUCUAUGAGAAAGGAAAGUGCAUUCCUUGUGAAUUCCAAGCGCUUCCCUGCUGAAGGCCAGUUAUCUGGAGCACUGGUGAAGCGGCCUGGCAGUGUGCACACAGUUACCCGCGUCCAUCAACUAUGUCCUUCAGUGCCACCAUUCUUUUCUCCCCUCCCAGCGGCAGUGAAGCCAGAUGCUGCUGCUGUGCCUGUAAGAGCGAGACUAGCCAGGGCAGCACGGGUUCUCAGGGCGGGAAUCCUCCUGCCGGUACCCCCAUCACAGUGACUGGACAUGGCCUGGCAGUCCAAAGCUCCGAACAGCUCCUGCACAUUAUCUACCAACGCGUGGACAAGGCAGUGGGUCUGGCUGAGGCUGCUCUGGGGCUUGCGCGGGCCAACAAUGAGUUGUUAAAACAGCUCCAGGAAGAAGUGGGUGAGCUACGGCAGGGGAAAGUGUGCACCGCUGAUGAAGAUGGUGAGAGCAGGGCCCGCAGCCCACCACCCGAAGAGCCUGGAGUGCUCAAGGGGAGUCCAGGAGAAGCCUCCAAGACCGUGCCUGCCAUGGAGGAAGAGUGUGAUAGCGUGGGCAGUGGUGUGCAGGUGGUGAUCGAGGAGCUGCGGCAGCUGGGGGCUGCCUCCACCGUGGGACAAGGACCCUUGGGCUUCUUCGCAGCCCCCCAGAGAGAUGCGCGGCUUCCAGGAUGCACUCUGGCUGCGGUAGAGGGAGCCCCGCUGCUAAACCCAAUGGCGGCAGACGACUAUGCGGCCUCUGAGGGUUCAAUACAACGAGUGUUGGUCCCUGCUUAUGCCAAACAGCUGUCACCAGCCACACAACUGGCUAUCCAGAGGGCAUCCUCAGAGCCAGGACCAGAAAGUGGAACCAAGCUGCCAGCAACCCGCCCCGAGGACAUGCUUGGAUCUGCAGCGCUGGACAGUGCCUUGGAGGAGUCAGGCCCCGGAGGCACUGGGGAAUUGAGCCGCUCUCUGGGAUUUAUUGGCUCCCCGUGCAGGAUCCGAGGAACUGGGCAGAAAAACUCCAGGCGUAAGCGAGAUCUGGUGCUCUCUAAACUGGUCCACAAUGUGCACAACCACAUCACCAAUGACAAGAGAUUCAAUGGGUCUGAAAGCAUUAAGUCGUCUUGGAAUAUUUCAGUAGUGAAGUUCCUUCUGGAAAAGCUCAAGCAGGAGCUGAUGGCGAGUCCCCACAAUUACACUGACAAGGAGCUGAAAGGAGCCUGUGUGGCCUACUUCCUUACCAAGAGGCGAGAGUACCGAAACUCUCUCAACCCUUUCAAAGGUCUAAAGGAGAAAGAGGAGAAAAAACUUCGAAGUCGCCGAUAUCGGCUUUUCGCCAAUCGGUCCAGUAUCAUGAGGCACUUUGGACCCGAGGACCAGCACCUGUGGAAGGACGUGACAGAAGAACUGAUGUCCGACGAGGAGGACAGUCUUAAUGAGCCAGGGGUGUGGGUGGCCCGCUCUCCCCGAUUCAGGGCCCAGCGCCUCACGGAGCUCUGCUAUCACCUGGAUGCUAACUCUAAGCACGGCACCAAAGCCAACCGUGUGUACGGGCCGCCCUCAGACAGACUGCCUUCCGUGGAAGCCCAGCUCCUUCCUCCCGAGCUUUACAACCCCAAUUUCCAAGAAGAGGAAGGAGGAGGCAAUGAGAAAGGGCCUGUCUCUCCAUCCUACGACCAGCCCCACAAGACAUCCUGUCCUGACUUGAACUCGUUCAUUGAAAUCAAGGUGGAAAAGGACGAGUACACUCUAUAACAAGGAUAACCGGCUCCUGUCACUCUACGUCCCAGAAAUGGACGGCUCAGAUCAGGAGGCGCCUCCGGCAGCCUAGAAAAAAAACUCUGCUUUCUUAACAUUUCCACUUGAAGCGGAGCUGGAGACUCUGGUGGGGUAGUAGAACUUACAUAGAAGGCAAGGGAGGGUCGCCCGCCCCCACCCACCACCCACCUACCCAUCCCCGUGAACGGCAACCCAGAAAAUGCUUAUUCCCAAGCAUAAACAGUGCCUCAGAGGAGCCUGGGAUGCAAAGGAAGAUGGGCCAGAGAAACGAGAGGCCUUGAUCCACGUCCCAUCUCUGACUUUGUUUGUCCCCCACAUCCCACUUGUACCCAUAGCUCAGGAGAAACACUUGCUGGUCUUGUGCUGCCACGGAGGCCGAACAGAGCAGUCCAGGGUGAUACUGCCCCCUGGUGGGAAGUUUUGGUCAUGGGCUUUCUAAUCUGAGCAGGGGAUCAUGGGUUUACCGCUAUUUGGAAUUAGGGUGUAGAUAUGAUAGUUAUUGUUUGGAUUUUUAAAAUGAUAGUUAUUGUUUGUUGCAUUAUAUGAGAAAAUUUUAUUAUUUCCAUAUUACAUGUAAGAAAAUUAAAGUUUAAACAUUUCUCAUGC